CAGUUGAAAAUCCAAUAGUUCAUUUCAGAAAGGGUAUUCCGAGAAAGAAAAGAUUUAAAGAAUCUCACGAAUUGGUCAGAAAAAAUAAAUCUAAAGAAAAUUUAGAAACACAAAAGAUUAGAAAGCCAACCCAAUGUCAGCAAUAUCAAAAUACUGAUUACAACAAGGCCGGUU